AAAGGAAUAAAGAAUAGGCAGAAAAGGCGGGUAAGUAGGCGGGGUUAUGCAAAUCAACCAUCUGGAAUCAGCUCACGGUUGAAGGCGAAGGAGAAGACUACUGAGCAUGCGCGGGCAGCUGCAACAUUACUAAUAUUCCACUUGCUCCCCGCCCAACUCCUAGAGCGAGCGGAAGUGCGUGCCUAAGUCCCGCGAGUCGUCAUUUCCGGCGUGUGGGCGCGCGGCUUGAUUCGCUGUGGCUAGGCGGGUGUCUUUCGCGCCGAGGCCGCCGCCGCCGCUGCUUGGAAAUGGCGGGGCUCUCUGCUAUGGAGAAGAAACUGGCUGAGUAUAAGUGUAAUACGAAUGAAGCAAUUCACUUAAAAUUAGUCCGCUUUCCAGAGGAUUUGGAAGAUGACAGCACAACAUUUCAUCCUGAAUUCAGUCACCAGGUUUUUGGAGAUGAUGAGGUUGCCUUUGGUUACAAAGGUCUGAAGAUCCUCUUGUACUAUAUUGCUGGUAACUUGUCGACACUGUUUCGUAUUGAUUACACUUCCAAAGUUAAUGAGAACUUCGACUGUGUGGAGGCAGAUGACAUAGAAAGUAAAAUUAGAGAAAUUAUUCCACUGGGUUUUAACAGAAGCAUAGAUGACUUUGUGUGUCUGUUGGAAAAGGAUGUGAACUUCAGGCCGUUUGGAAUAUUAUUACAUACAUAUUCCGUGCACAACAGAGAAGCUGGUGAAGACAUAACUUAUCAGAUAUAUAAGGCUGACAUGACAUGUCCGGGCUUUCGAGAAUAUCAUGAAAGGCUUCAGACCUUCUUGAUGUGGUUUAUUGAAACAGCUAGCUUUAUUGACGUGGAUGACGAGAGAUGGAACUACUUUCUAGUAUUUGAGAAGUAUAAUAAGGAUGGAGCGACGCUCUUUGCGACCGUAGGCUAUAUGACAGUCUAUAAUUACUAUGUGUACCCAGACAAAACCCGGCCACGUGUAAGCCAAAUGUUGAUAUUGCCUCCGUUUCAAGGGGAAGGUCACGGGGCUCAGCUUUUAGAGACAGUUCAUAGAUACUACAUGUCAUCCCCUACAGUGCUUGAUAUAACAGCUGAAGACCCGUCUGAAAGUUACGUGAAACUACGAGAUUUUGUGCUAGUGAAGCUUUGCCAAGAUCUGCCUUGCUUUUCCCCAGAGAAGCUCAAGCAAGGCUUCAGUCAGGAGAUGGUAACAGACGCUCAGCAAAAGCUGAAAGUAAAUAAGCAACAUACAAGACGCGUUUAUGAAAUCCUCCGGUUGCGUGCAACAGACAUGGCUAAUGCAGAGGAGUCUAGAAGUUACAGACUGGAUAUAAAAAGAAGACUGAUGGGUCCUUACAAGAAAAAGCAGAGAGAGAUUGCUAAAAUGAGAAGAUGCUUGAGACCAGAAGAGUUAACCAACCAGUUGAACCAAAUAGAUCUAAAUUUGCAACACAAGCAACUAGAUGAGACCUUCCAGCAGCUUGUUUCAGACUAUCGGAGAGUCCUAGAACGGCUUGCUCAAGUCUGAGGAUUCUGUCUCCUACAAAGAAACAAGCAGAUUUCUGUACAUUGUGUUGUGAAAUACAUCCAUGAUCACAGCUUUACUGCAAAAUUUCAUGUGACAUUUUUAUCACUUCCCAAGUUGACUGGUUUUCUGUGCAUUCUGGAUAUUUUCUAUUUUUGUGUUGUAGAUUUUAAAAAACUGCUUAGAUUUUGGGGCACACACUGCUGAAAUAAAGUAGACUGAGAUGCACUUAA